UGGCACGGGUAGUUGUUCAGAAACGCUCUGAAGUCGUGACUGCUGCUAGCUAACUAGCUAUAGACAUGAUGCCACACAAUACAAUCUAACAGCAGUAGUUCAGCUAAUACCUAAAACAAUUUGUGAAAUGACGCUGGAGUGUCUUGAUUUAACGCCUCGAUCACACCGACAGGGUCAAGCAUGUUGGGACACCAGAAAUACAUUCAUUUCCAAUGGAUCGCUGCAUUUGACUUGCUGCAUUGUGUUGGAGAGGCAGGUGCUGUGUGGUGCAUAGUGUAUGCGUCAAACUGAAUGCAGAGACGGCUUGACAGAGAUGGGAGCAGAAGGUGUUGGUAAGACCACCCUGGUCCAGAAGGCCUGUGACGUAAUGGUGUCUUCAGGUGUGUCUGUGGAGGGCUUCUACACCCAGGAGGUCAGGGAGGGGAGGCGCAGGGUCGGUUUCGACGUUGUCACGGUGACCGGACAGAGAGGACACUUGUCCAGAGUAAGAGAGAAGUCUGUAGCUUCACGUGGAGGGAGAGAGUACACUGUUGGACAGUAUGUAGUGGAUGUACCUUCGUUUGAGAACCUGGUUCUACCCCUCUUCAGAAACCUUAACUCUUCAUGCAGUAGCAACCGUCAGGUGUUUAUCAUAGAUGAGGUUGGUAAAAUGGAGCUGUUCAGCCAGGCGUUCAUCUGGUCAGUCAGACAGACCCUGGACUCUCCAGUCUUCUCUGUCCUGGGGACUAUACCCCUCCCUUCAGGAAAACCACUGGGUUUCAUGGAGGAGAUACGGACCAGGACGGACGUCACUGUCUUCACUGUCACCAAGGAGAACAGAGAUGUUAUAUUAACAGAGAUUGUGUCAGCUCUAAAGGACUGUCUCAAGCAAAGUGCCUAAGUAGGUGGAAGUUAUCCAAGGUCAGUGGAACAUCAUGGAAGGCAUUCAGAAAACACAGCAGCACUCUGAACUAGACCCUGAUGGACUAGACCGACCCUGAUGGACUAGACCGACCCUGAUGGACUAGACCGACCCUGAUGGACUAGACCGACCCUGAUGGACUAGACCGACCCUGAUGGACCAGACUGCCAGACUGACGGACCAGACUGCCAGACUGACCUGCCAGACUGACCCUGAUGGAUCAGACUGACCCUGGUGGAUGUUGGCCAGCGCUCUGUACCAUGUUCCAGGACUAGACUGUUAUAGCUAGUGCACUAACCCUUUUAUAAGUAUUCACCUUGUCAAACUGAGAACUGGCUUCAUGCAGUUUGACAUGGAUCACUAUUUAACAUGGAUCACAAUAAACCUGAUGGCUUAUUCAUGUUCACCAUGAAGAAACAACUACUUAAACAAUAAAGUUCUCUGGAUUGCCUCCUAAUCAAUGUAUAUUUCUUAUUGAAUUAAUUUGAGUACUGUACAAGCCUACCUGCAUCAACUGUUUUGGAACUGUAUGUAGUGAUGUGAGAGUUGAUUUGAUAAAACGUUGAUUUUGUUUCCACUUGAUAAAGUGAAUCCUUUCAGAUUA